AUGAGCGAUGAAGAAUCAGAAGAUGAAAAUAGAUCCAAAUUCAAGUUAUCAAAAACUCAUUAAUUAAUUAAUUAGCUCGAACACAAACUUUCAAUUCUUGACUAAAAUAAUGGACCUAGUAUCUAUCCUAAUUCAAGAGAUUCAAAUCUCAAAAGUAAAUAAGAAUUGGAAAGAGAAUUAUAAGAAUUUGAAUAAAGAAUGAAAAAACUUAAUCAAACUGAAAAUUCAUAGUUACAUUCCUCAUAAGCAAAAUCAAUACCAAAACAGUCUCCACAAAAGUUAAACCUUUCUAAUCCAAUUUUAUAAUUGUUAACUCAAAAGUUAGAAAGUUUUGAUGAUGAUAAAAAUACCAUGUUAUCAUCAAAAUUAGAUCAUCUUAAUAGAGAAUAAUAAAUACUUGAAUAAGAAUAAAUUAAUUUGUUAAGGGAAUAAUAAUAAGCAAAAUUCGAAUUGGAAUCAUUAUUAAGAACUUUGGAAAUAGAAGAAUAACGAAGAUUAAAUGAAUAAAAAAUUUCAAUUCUUAAAGAAUAAGAAGAAAAAUUACUUGAUAUUCAAGAGCAAAGCGAAAAACUGAUAUAAGAAGAGGAAGAAAAAAGGACUAACUUUUUAUUAGAAUUGUAAUAAUUAUCAUUUGAAAAAAAUUAAUUACAAACACAAUUACAAGUAUACAUUCAUAUUAUAUUUGCUUAGAAUUUAUCUAGAGAAUAGGAUAUGUUAGUUAGUAAUAGAGAUGAAGUAUCAAAUUAAUUGAAUACAUUAAUGCAAUUACAUAAUUAAAUACUUUAAAAUGAUUUAAAAAAAAAAAUAGUUCAUCUUGAAGAAGAGCCAGAUCCAUCUCCACUCUAGAAUUUAUAUUAGAUCAAUUAAUAAAUUUAAGAAUCAAUGAAUUAAUAAUUAUCCCUAAUUAGGCAAGAAUUGAAUGAACAAAAAUAAAUUAAUUUAGAUCUUUUAUAACUUUUGAAUGGAGAAUAACAAUAGUAAUAAACAUAAAGAUAAUUGAAUUCAUCUGAGUUAUAAUAAUAAUCAGAAUAGUAAUAAUAACAGCAAUAAUAGUCAAAUUCUUAACUAUAAUUUCAGAUAUGUCCAAAUAAACAAAAUUAUAAUUAAAAUGAAGAUUUAGAAAGUGAGGAAAGUAUUAUUAUGAUGUAAAAAUAUAAUAAUAAUAAUUAAAAUGCUAAUAUCUAAAUAUAAAAAGACUUUAAUUUACUUUUUGAAAAGCAUAAGAAAUAGUAAUUAUUAAAUAAUAAUUAGAUUAUUCAAACCAAAAUAAAAAAUUCAUUUAAAGUAAACAAAAGCAACAGUAGAAAAAAGAAGAAGAUCAAUUGAUCUAACUCAAUCUAAAUCAAAAUCAAAGUCAAAAGAAAGGGAGAAUAAUUUUGGCAAAGAAAAGGAGAAAAAAAUAACUCCAUUAUCUUUUGAACAGACAUAUAAAAGAAACAUACAAGAUUAAUUAAAAAAAUUAAAUUUUAUUGUGGAAAAAUCUUUGAAUAAUAAGUGA